AAUCUCUCCGCGUGGAUAUAUUUAUAAUCUUUUAAAUUUGAGAUAGUCUAUCAUAAUAUAAGGAUAUUGACUUCACAAAAUGUGGAUUUUUUCUUACAAGUAACAGUUGGUAUGAUUAAAAUAUCAUACAAGUAAAGAUAUUGUCUAUUGAAUGAACAAUAUUCUGCCGUCCUUCAUAGUGAAGACCAAAACAAAGUAUUUCUGUCUUUAACUUAUGCUGGCAUUGCAACACUGGAUUUUACGAAGCUUUCGAUUCUCCCUAUAUGUCUCUCAUGUUAACUAAUAUAGCUUGAUAAACCUAGUAAAUUCUUCAUACUUUGUGUAUAUAGUGAUAUCGAAACGUGAGAUGCAGCCUUUAUCCGCCUUGUUCUUUUUUCUUGGCACUCUACUUGUUCUGUUACUUCUCAUAUUUAUCUUAUGCAAGUUUUUCAAACCAGGAAAACUGACAGCUUUGAUUACUAGCACAUUUAAGCCUCUUCCAGGUUUUGUUUUGUUUCGAAUUCAUGUUACUUUGAGUAUCUUAUUCGUUAUUUUAAAAUAUGUCUUUUUUCGGAUGAUACAGAGAUGAGUAAUGCUGUUAGUGUACAUCUUCAUACAAUAAGCUACUUUAACUUUCAUACAUUGGAGAAAGCUACGAAGAAUUUUCACUCGGAUAACCUCCUUGGAUGUGGUGGAUUUGGUCCGGUUUUCCUGGGGAAGUUAGGAGAUGGACAAUUAGUUGCUGUCAAGAAGUUGUCUGUUGACAAAUCGCAGCAAGGGGACCGGGAGUUUCUUGCUGAGGUACGGAUGAUAACAAGUAUACAACACAAGAACCUUGUCCGCCUUCUUGGUUGUUGUUCAGAAGGGGAUCAGAGGCUUCUCGUGUACGAAUACAUGAAGAAUAGGAGCUUGGACCAAAUACUAUAUGGAAAGAGUAAGAUAUUCCUAGAUUGGAAAACUCGGUACCAGAUAAUCUUAGGGAUUGCGCGGGGAUUACAAUAUCUUCAUGAGGAUUCACACAUUAGGAUUGUUCAUAGGGACAUCAAAGCCAGUAAUAUUCUGUUGGAUGACAAAUUUCAACCAAGAAUCGGAGAUUUUGGCCUAGCUAGGUUUUUCCCUGAAGAUCAAGCAUAUCUCAGCACCGCAUUUGCUGGAACCUUAGGUUACACCGCUCCUGAAUAUGCACUUAGAGGAGAAUUGACAGAAAAGGCUGAUAUAUACAGUUAUGGUGUUGUUGUGCUAGAAAUAAUCAAUUCUCGGAAGAAUACAGAUCUUUCUUUGCCUUCAGAAAUGCAGUAUCUCCCCGACUAUGCAUGGAAGCUAUAUGAAAGAUCAAGAUUAAUCGAUCUAGUUGAUCCAAAGAUGUUGGAAAAUGGGGUGGCGGAAAAGGAUGUAAUGCAAACAAUACAUGUAGCUUUCUUAUGCCUUCAGCCUCAUGCCAAUUUAAGACCACCAAUGUCUGAGAUUGUUGCAAUGUUGGUAACCAAAGCUGGAACACUAAUUACACCACCAAUGCCUCCGCCUUUCUUAGAUCCAGAGUUGAGGAUCGGUAGAACGAUAACAGUACAUGGUUGACUCAUUCACCACAGAUGUAUAUAUCUUAGGAAGGUGGAAAAGAUUUUUUAGUGUGUUGUCAAUAGCAUUUUUGGCUAUGUAAUUCAUUUUUAGUUUCUAUGAGUAUGGGGAGAAGUCUAGUUUCUAAUGUAUUAUAAGUAGAGGAAAUAAGUUAAUAUGAAUGCAAAGUGUUUUUGGUGAUUGAAAUUGCAAUAUGAGUGUAACUUUUUGAUGAGUAAGUCUCACAUUGUCAACUUUUGUUUUGGGGCUUUUUAUCCUUCUCUUGUUGAGAAAUGGUCUAUGGAUGGAUAAAUUGUGUUUUUAUUUUGGUAUUUCCUGACUAAAUUCAAAUCGCGCAUUGUAGAGUUUAUUCGAGGGUGACGCUCCUAACAAGAUUUUCUCCAUAUCCAGGGCUCGAAUUUGAUCACUCUAGUUAACGGUGAAGUAAUCGCAUCAUUGCACCACAACUCAUGUUGAUGCAAUGGCCUUUUUGAUUUUUUUUUGAUUCAGUAAAUACUAACAAAAAUGAUAAAUAUAUAUACCAAA